GGAAAGCACAGACAAAGGGGGCGACACACACAGACAGAAAAAGAGUCCUAUGAAGAAGGAAGAGACAAGUAUUACAUUUCCCUUAAUUUCUCUUUUCUGUGGAUCUCGAGUCAGGUGUCCAGUCAUGAAGGAGCAGAAGUUGAAACAGGAAGUUUGCAGUAUCCAACAGGAAGCUCCAAGUGCUCGGCAGGCACUGCUCGAUAACUUCACCAACCUACUGAAGGUUGCCGAAUACUGCCAUACGAACUACCUACAGUCGGGAGUGAGCAGCAAAAAGGCAUUGGAGGAAACCAAGAGCUUCGCCAACCAAUCGCUGGCCAGUGUUGUUUAUCAAAUCAGCACAUUGGCCAAUAGCCUGCUUGGUUUGCUUGAUGCUCAGACAAAUCUGAUUGGUCACAUGGAGUCUUCCAUCAACCUAAUUGGUCAGACUGUGGAGAUGCACAGGGAGAAAGUCGCCCGGAGAGAGAUUGGCAUUUCCACGGUUAUGAAGCGAGUUCCCCGUGGAGCAGAGAUGACCCCGGCUGACCCCGCGGUACACCGUCCCACCGAGUACCACCGCCGACCCAUCGACUACUCAGUACUGGACUCUGUUGGCCACCAAUACACAAUACCAGGGAAGCAGCAUUCCGGAAUGAUCCGUAAAGCUGGCAGCUCAAUCAGGUCCUUCAAAGCUCCUGGACCAGUGAUAUGUCCGCUCCCUCCGUCUCUUGGCUUUGGCAAGCCUGAGGAACCACCCACUGAGAGUGACGUCAUGAUGAGCAAAGCCCCGCCCACAAACAAUAAUGUCACAGGGAUACCCGUCUCUUUGAGAACUCCCUGGUCAAAUUAUCCAGUGGAGCUGGUGGCCCAGCCCACUUCAAAGGAGUUUCUGUCCAAUCACAGCCUUCGUCCCCUCUCCACGCCCCCCAGCCUUGAGCCUGUGGAAGAGGUGACCGUGUUACUGCCCACUCCGGCUACGCCUAAGCUUGAUGUUAUCUCUAAUUCCGCCAUCGAGGAACCCAGUCCACCAUUUCUGCCACAUCCCGACCUUAUUCAGGAUGGAGAAGACCUGGAGCUUCCAGUCCCGCCCCCUCCUCCCCUGUUGGACGACAGCAUGCAGUUAAAGUGAUAUCCCUCUUGCCGCUGACAUCAAUACUCCUACAGGAUUAUGGAUGUUUAUUUAGAAUAAUAUAAA